AUGGGAUCAGGGAAGCUGGCCCGGGUGUUGCUGGGAUGGGUAGCGGUGUGUCUUGCACCAGUCCAGGUGGUGUAUAGUCAGACCGCAAAUGGGAAUGGGCCGAUCCAGGCCAGCCGCUUCACGCCCUCCACGGACCAGAGAGAGGGGCAGAGGGUUCGGCGCCGUGGCCAUGAGACACUGAGAGGACCCAACGUAUGUGGCUCUCGAUUUCAUUCAUACUGCUGCCCUGGCUGGAAGACUCUGCCAGGCGGGAACCAGUGUAUUGUCCCAAUUUGCAGGAACUCCUGUGGUGAUGGCUUUUGUUCUAGACCCAAUAUGUGCACCUGUUCUAAUGGGCAGCUCUCUUCCAGCUGUGGAGCAGGAGGUGGAGUUCAGUCAUGCAACGUCAGGUGCAUGAACGGAGGCAGUUGUGCUGAGGACACCUGUAGCUGCCCUAAAGGCUUCACUGGCAACCACUGUGGACAACCUGUGUGUGAGAAUGGCUGCCAGAACGGCGGACGCUGCAUCGGCCCCAACAGAUGUGCCUGCGUGUACGGCUUCACCGGCCCUCAGUGCGAGAGAGACUACAGGACUGGACCGUGUUUCACGCAGGUGAACAACCAGAUGUGUCAGGGCCAGCUCAGUGGAAUUGUGUGCACCAAGACACUAUGCUGCGCUACCAUUGGCCGAGCGUGGGGACACCCUUGUGAGCAAUGCCCCGCCCAGCCGCACCCGUGCAGAAGAGGCUUUAUCCCCAACAUCCGCACUGGAGCCUGCCAAGAUGUGGAUGAGUGUCAAGCAGUACCAGGGCUUUGCGCUGGAGGUAAUUGCAUCAACACUGUGGGAUCCUACGAGUGUAAAUGUCCCGCUGGCCACCGUCAGAGCGAAACUAGUCACAAAUGUGAAGACAUUGAUGAAUGCAGCACCAUCCCCGGUGUGUGCGAUGGAGGCGAGUGCACCAACACAGCUGGCAGUUACGUCUGCACCUGCCCACGGGGUCACAUCUCCAGCACAGAUGGCUCCAGAUGUGUGGACCAGCGUGUGGGGACAUGUUUCUCUGCACUGGCUAAUGGUCGAUGUGCUGCUGAGUUGACUGGCCAGUACACCAAGAUGCAAUGCUGCUGUGACACCGGCCGCUGUUGGGCCUUGGGACAGAUUCCCGAGAUGUGCCCUGUGAGGGGGUCUGAUGAGUUCCGUCGUCUAUGUAUUGUGGGCGUUCCUCAGGGACACGGCCUCCCUAACGGCUAUCCCAAUGGAUACUUCCCAAACAACAACGGACACAGAUAUCCCAGUGUUCCCAAUGGGAAUGGGGGCAAUGGCGGAGGUUCUUUUGGAGGCAACGGCGGAGGCUUUGGCGGCAAUGGUGGAAGUUUUGGUGGAAACGGUGGCAGCUUUGGGGGCAAUGGAGGAAGCUUUGGAGGGAAUGGAGGGGGACUUAUGACCCAUCAUCAAAUAGGAACCGUUACUGUGAACGACACCAUUGACAUCUGCAGGCACUUCACCAAUCUGUGUCUGAAUGGACGCUGUAUUCCCACACCCACCAGCUAUCGCUGUGAGUGCAACAUGGGCUACAAGCAGGAUGUCCGUGGGGAAUGUAUAGAUGUGGAUGAAUGUGUGAGUAAUCCAUGCAUCAAUGGCGACUGUGUAAACACACCGGGGUCAUAUCAUUGCAAGUGUCAUGAGGGCUACCAGGGAACCCCCACCAAGCAGGCUUGUAUUGACAUUGAUGAAUGUAUUGUCAAUGGGGUCAAGUGUCGCAAUGGCCGCUGUGUCAACACUGAGGGAAGCUUUCAGUGUAUCUGCAAUGCAGGAUUUGAACUCACACCUGAUGGAAAGAACUGCAUUGAUCACGAUGAAUGUGCCACAACCAACAUGUGUCUGAAUGGCAUGUGCAUCAAUGAAGACGGCAGCUUCAAAUGUAUAUGCAAGCCCGGCUUUGCCCUGGCAUCAAAUGGACGGUAUUGCACUGACAUCGAUGAGUGUCUGACACCUGGAAUUUGCAUGAAUGGCCGCUGCAUCAACUCGGAGGGCUCUUUCCGCUGUGAGUGCCCGCCGGGCCUGGCUAUUGAUGUGGAUGGGAGAGUGUGCGUGGACACCCAUAUGAGGACCACUUGUUACGGUGCCAUAAAGAUGGGCACGUGCUCACGGCCCUUCCCGGGAGCGGUGACUAAAUCGGAGUGCUGUUGUGCCAAUCCUGAACAUGGAUUUGGAGAACCCUGCAACCCCUGUCCUUCUCGAAACUCAGCUGAGUUCCAGGCUGUGUGCAGUAGUGGUAUCGGCAUCACAGCUGAUGGCAGAGACAUCAAUGAGUGCGCCCUGGAUCCAGACAUCUGUCAGAACGGCAUUUGUGAGAAUCUGCGAGGAAGUUAUCGCUGCAUAUGUAAUAUCGGUUACGAGUCAGACACUAGUGGCAAAAUUUGUGCUGACAUCAAUGAGUGUCUGGUCAAUCGCCAACUCUGUGACAAUGGCUUGUGCAGAAACACUCCUGGCUCAUACACAUGUUCCUGCCCAAAAGGUUUUGUCUUCAAGCCAGAAUCAGAGACAUGUGAAGACAUCAAUGAAUGUGAAUCCAGUCCAUGCGUCAAUGGGGUCUGCCGCAAUGUGAUCGGGUCCUUCAACUGUGAGUGUACCCAUGGGAGCAAGUUGGACUCUACCAACACCAUCUGCGUGGAUAGUAUGAAGAGCACUUGUUGGCUGACCAUACAGGACAACCGUUGUGAGGUGAACAUCAAUGGAGCCACGCUGAAGUCUGAGUGCUGUUCUACAUUAGGAGCAGCCUGGGGAAGCCCCUGUGAACGCUGCGAGAUUGACACCGCCUGUUCACGAGGAUUUGCACGCAUGAAGGGCCUUGUCUGUGAAGACAUUAAUGAGUGUGAGGUGUUCCCUGGAGUGUGUACAAAUGGCCGUUGUGUGAACACCCAGGGAUCAUUCCGUUGCGAGUGUGCAGAGGGUCUGACUUUGGACGGCACUGGGCGCACGUGUGUUGACAUGCGCAGCGAGCAGUGCUACAUGAAAUGGCACGAAGACGAGUGUGGUGAGCCUCUGCCUGGACGCUACCGAGUGGACAUGUGUUGCUGCUCUGUUGGCGCUGCAUGGGGUGUGGACUGUGAAGAGUGUCCCAAACCCAGCUCGCCUGAGUACAGAACCAUCUGUCCAAGAGGACCUGGUUUUGCUAACAGGGACAUCCUGACUGGCAGGCCCUUCUACAAAGACGUUAAUGAGUGUAAGGUCUUCAAUGGUCUGUGUACUCAUGGAACUUGCCGGAACACAAUUGGAAGUUUCAAGUGUCGCUGCAACAGCGGCUUUGCUCUGACUGCUGAGGAAAGAAAUUGCACAGACAUUGAUGAGUGUCGGAUCUCCCCGGACUUGUGUGGUCAUGGUGCAUGUGUCAACACUCCUGGCAGCUUUGAGUGUGAAUGCUUUGAAGGCUAUGAGAGCGGCUUCAUGAUGAUGAAGAACUGCAUGGACAUUGACGAAUGUGAGCGAAACCCCCUGUUGUGUCGCGGAGGAACCUGCCUCAACACGGAAGGCAGUUACGAGUGUGACUGUCCCCCUGGACACUCGCUCAGCGCUGAUGGAUCCGCUUGUGAAGAUGUGAAUGAGUGCCAGCUGAGUGACAACUUGUGCAAGAACGGCCAAUGCGUCAACAUGCCGGGAACCUACCAGUGCUCAUGUGACACCGGCUACCAGGCCACGCCAGAUCGGCAGGGUUGUGUUGAUAUUGAUGAGUGCACCAUCAUGAAUGGAGGCUGUGAGACCCACUGCACCAACUCUGAGGGCAGCUAUGAGUGUAGCUGCAGUGAAGGCUACGCUCUCAUGCCUGACCUAAGGACAUGUUCAGAUAUUGAUGAAUGCGAGGAGACGCCAGACAUCUGCGACGGAGGCCAGUGUACAAACAUUCCCGGAGAAUACCGCUGCCUGUGCUAUGAUGGUUUUAUGGCUUCUAUGGACAUGAGGACCUGCAUCGACGUAAAUGAAUGCGAUUUAAAUCCAAACAUCUGUCUCCACGGCGAUUGUGAGAACACUAAAGGAUCCUUCAUCUGUCACUGUCAGCUUGGAUACUUUGUCAAGAAAGGGUCCACUGGAUGCACAGAUAUUGAUGAGUGUGAGAUCGGUGCUAAUAACUGUGACAUGCAUGCCGCGUGCAUCAACGUUCCUGGCAGCUUUAAGUGUCGCUGUCGUGAUGGAUGGGUGGGAGAUGGCAUCAAGUGUAUCGAUAUGGAUGAGUGCGCAGCAGAGGACCACAACUGCAACCUGAAUGCAGACUGCGUCAAUACGCCAGGCUCUUACAGAUGCACAUGCAAGGAUGGUUUCAAUGGGGAUGGCUAUUCCUGCUCAGACAUGGAUGAGUGUGCCGACAACGUCAACUUGUGUGAAAAUGGCCAGUGUCUAAACGCUCCGGGAGGCUACCGCUGCGAAUGCGAGAUGGGUUUCACACCAACAGAGGACAGCAAGGCCUGUCAAGAUAUUGAUGAGUGUAAUUUCCAAAACAUCUGCGUGUUUGGAACAUGUCAGAACCUUCCCGGGAUGUUCCGCUGCGUCUGUGAUGACGGUUAUGAGCUUGACCGUAGCGGAGGAAACUGUACAGAUAUCAAUGAGUGCGCCGACCCAGUGAACUGCAUCAAUGGGCUGUGUGUGAACACACCAGGAAGUUAUCUGUGCAACUGCCCGGCUGACUUUGAGCUCAACCCCACUGGUGUCGGUUGUGUAGAUACUCGUGUGGGCAACUGCUUUCUGGACAUCCUGCCACGCGGCGAUGGUGGAAUCUCCUGCAGUGCUGAGAUCGGAGUUGGUGUGACCAGAGCUUCCUGUUGCUGUUCACUGGGAGGAGCCUGGGGCAACCCCUGUGAACUGUGCCCUGCGCCUAACUCGACCGAAUAUCGGACCCUUUGUCCUGGAGGAGAAGGUUUCAGACCCAACCCCAUUACUGUCAUCCUGGAAGAUAUUGACGAGUGCCAGGAGCUUCCAGGCCUCUGCCAAGGUGGAAAUUGCGUUAAUACUUUCGGUAGCUUCCAGUGUGAGUGCCCAGCAGGUUAUUACCUCAAUGAGGAGACCCGUAUAUGUGAAGACAUUGAUGAAUGCACCACCCACAUUGGGAUCUGUGGACCUGGCACCUGCUACAACACUUUGGGCAACUACACAUGCGUUUGUCCCCCUGAGUACAUGCAGGUCAAUGGAGGAAACAACUGCAUGGACAUGAGGAAAAGCGUAUGUUACCGCAACUUCAAUGACACGUGCGAGAACGAGCUGUCCUUUAACAUGACCAAGAAGAUGUGUUGCUGUGCUUACAAUGUGGGCAAGGCCUGGAACAAGCCGUGUGAGGCUUGCCCUACUCCCGCAACCUCUGAAUAUCAGUUACUUUGUGGUAACCAGGCCCCUGGCUUUAUCAUUGACAUCCACACUGGGAAGCCAGUUGAUAUUGAUGAGUGCAGGGAGAUUCCCGGCAUCUGUGCCAAUGGUGUGUGCAUCAACCAGAUCGGGAGCUUCCGGUGUGAAUGUCCAAUGGGCUUCAGCUACAAUAAUAUACUGCUCAUUUGCGAAGAUAUUGACGAGUGCAACAGCGGAGACAACCUGUGCCAAAGGAACGCCAAGUGUAUCAACAUACCUGGCAGUUAUCGCUGCGAAUGCUCGCCAGGGUUCAAACUGUCCCCCAGUGGGGCCUGUGUGGACCGCAAUGAAUGCCAGGAGAUUCCUAAUGUGUGCAGCCACGGAGAGUGUAUUGACACCCAAGGAAGCUAUCGGUGUCUCUGCCACAAUGGCUUCAAAGCAACUGCAGACCAGACCAUGUGCAUGGACAUUGAUGAGUGCGACAGACAGCCAUGUGGCAACGGUACCUGUAAAAACACGGUGGGGUCCUACAACUGCCUCUGCUUCCCUGGCUUUGAGCUCACCCACAACAAUGACUGCAUGGACAUCGAUGAAUGCACCGCCCUGCAGGGUCAAGUGUGCAGGAAUGGACAGUGCAUCAACGGCUUAGGUUCCUUCCAGUGUCUCUGCCAUGAAGGUUAUGAAAAUACACCUGAUGGGAAAAACUGCGUUGAUAUCAACGAGUGUGUGAGUCUGCCUGGGACAUGUUCUCCGGGAACUUGUCAGAAUUUGGACGGAUCGUUCAGAUGUAUCUGUCCUCCGGGUUAUGAGGUGCAGAAUGACCAGUGUAUUGAUAUCAAUGAAUGCGAGGUGGAACCAAACCUUUGCCAGUUUGGCACCUGUACAAAUACCCCUGGCAGCUUCCAGUGCACUUGCCAGCCAGGUUUUGUGCUAUCUGACAAUAAGCGGCGCUGCUAUGACACCCGAGAGAGUUUCUGUUUCACCAAAUUUGAGGUUGGAAAGUGUUCCGUUCCAAAAGCUUUCAACACCACCAAAGCCAAGUGCUGCUGCAGCAAGAUGCCUGGAGAGGGCUGGGGGCUUCCUUGCGAGCUGUGCCCCCGAGAGACUGAAGCUGCUUUUAACACUCUAUGUCCCUACGGCCAUGGAGCCCUGCCUGGACCUGGUGAUGCCCGUGAGGAUAUGAACGAGUGUCUUGAUAACCCAGGCAUCUGCCAGAAUGGUAUUUGCAUCAAUACAGAUGGUUCGUUCCGCUGUGAAUGCCCCUUUGGAUACAACCUGGACUACACUGGAGUUAAUUGUGUCGACACGGAUGAGUGUUCCAUAGGAAACCCUUGCGGAAAUGGAACCUGCACCAAUGUGGUGGGAGGCUUUGAAUGUUCCUGCCAGGAGGGCUUUGAACCUGGACCUAUGAUGACAUGUGAAGACAUCAAUGAGUGCUCAAAGAACCCUCUGCUGUGUGCCUUCCGCUGUGUAAACACUUUUGGCUCCUACGAGUGCAUGUGUCCAGCCGGUUAUGUGCUGCGAGACGACCAGCGUAUGUGUAGAGACCAAGAUGAGUGCUCUGAGGGUCUGGAUGACUGUGACUCCAAGGGUAUGACAUGUAAGAACCUCAUCGGGACAUUCAUGUGUAUUUGCCCACCUGGCAUGCAGAGGCGACCUGAUGGAGAAGGAUGUAUGGACUUGAAUGAAUGCAGAGCCAAGCCUGGUAUUUGUAAGAACGGACGCUGCAUCAAUACUGUGGGAAGCUACCGCUGCGAGUGCAAUGAUGGCUUCGAGCCCAGCUCCACUGGAACUGAGUGUAUUGAUAACCGCAAGGGCUUCUGUUACAUGGAGGUUCUCCAGACGAUGUGUCAACAGUCGUCCACGAACAGGAACAGCGUGACCAAGUCCGAGUGCUGCUGCAAUACAGGUCGAGGCUGGGGCUCGCAGUGUGAGCUCUGCCCAUUGCCUGGGACCGUCCAGUACAAGAAGAUGUGCCCUCUUGGGCCUGGCUACACUACAGAUGGGAGGGAUAUCAACGAGUGUCAGGUGAUGCCAGAUCUUUGUCUCAACGGCCAAUGCAUCAACACCAUUGGUUCCUUCCGCUGUCACUGUAACGUUGGCUACAAGACCGACUUUACUGCUACCUCAUGUACCGACAUGGAUGAGUGUGCUCUGUCUCCCAAGCCCUGUAACUUCCUGUGUAAAAACACAGAGGGCAGCUACCUUUGCUCCUGUCCAAGAGGAUACAGCCUGCAACCCGAUGGCAAGACCUGCAAAGAUUUGGAUGAGUGUUCCACCAAACAACACAACUGCCAGUUCCUUUGUGUCAACACCAUUGGGGGCUUCACUUGCAAGUGUCCUCCUGGCUUCACCCAGCAUCAAACGGCCUGCAUUGACAACAAUGAGUGCAUGGGACAAAACAGUGCAUGCGGUUCUCAGGCUUCAUGUGUCAACACUCCUGGUAGCUUCAACUGUGAGUGCUCUAAAGGCUUCUCUUUGGACAGCACGGGCCUGGAGUGUGAAGAUGUGGAUGAGUGUAGCAGUAACCACCGCUGUCAACAUGGCUGUCAGAACAUGAUGGGAGGUUUCCGCUGCGGCUGUCCUCAAGGCUAUGUGCAGCACUACCAAUGGAACCAGUGUGUUGAUGAAAAUGAGUGCCAGUCGGGCUCAAUGUGUGGUUCCGCUUCUUGCUACAACACGCUGGGAAGCUACAAGUGCGUGUGUCCCUCCGGCUUCGACUUUGAGUCCUCCGCUGGCGGCUGCCAGGAUGUGAACGAGUGCUCCAUGGGGAACAACCCUUGUUCAUACGGCUGCUCCAACACGGAUGGAGGUUAUUUGUGCGGCUGUCCUGGAGGCUUCUACAGGGCCGGACAGGGUCACUGCAUAUCAGGCUCAGGAUUCCCAGGCCAACUUGGCACAGAUGGUGAUGAAGAUGACAGUCUGUCUCCUGAGGCCUGCUACGAAUGUAAGAUCAAUGGAGGAGGAAAGAACGGACGACAUAAACGCAACGCAAAGGAAAAUGGCCUUGAUGAUGAGCCAGUGAGUAUGGCCAGCGUGGACACGCAAGCCUCCAUCCCCAUGAACCUUUCUCUGGCAUCGUUCCUUAACAAGGAACCUCUGCUGGAGCUUCUGCCCGCCCUGCAGCCGUUGGAGCACCACGUGCGCUAUGUCAUCACCCACGGCAACACCGACGAACACUUCCGCCUGCUGGAGCGCCGCGACGGAAAAAGUGUGUUGAGGCUGGGCAAGAGGCCACCUCCCGCCGGAUCCUACCGGCUCGACAUCGCCAGUCUGCCACUCUUCGGGCCCCGGAGACGAAACCAGUUGGAGGAGCAGCACGACAAGGACUACCUACAAGGGGAAAUAGGGGACGCCCUGCGCAUCAAGCUCCAUAUCCACCUGCACUGA